AUGGAAAGCAGGCAGGACGCGCAAGCAACAGAAACAACGCCGUUAUUGACUCCAACAAUCAAUCGUGAUUAUUGUUCCACCGAUGAACUAUCACGUUCGUCGCCAAACUUUCCUCAGAGCCGAGAGGAGGCCAAAAAGCAUAUAGAGGAGAUCUGUCAGACCCAUCACGAUCUGCUAUGCGAAGAGCAAUACAGUAGCUUAAACCGCUUCUUAUUCGAGCUACUGCAGAACGCCGAUGAUAAUGCCUACGGUGAUCAAACUCCCCAUGUCGCUCUACGCUACGAUGGUCGAUACUUGAGUAUAGAAUCCAAUGAGCUUGGGUUUUCGAAGAAGAAUGUCGUGUCGAUUUGCAAGUUUAGCCAAAGCACCAAGGCAAGCAAGUCUACGGGUCCCAGCGAUCGCAAUUUCAUUGGUGAGAAGGGCAUAGGCUUCAAAUCAGUAUUCAUGAUCGCCACCAAGGUUUGGAUCAAGUCUGGUCACUACUCCUUCUCCCUCGAUCAAAGUCGACUACUCGGAGAGAUUUCACCUCAUUGGGCCGAACACUUUCCAGUGGCAGCUAAUCUACCAAGUGGCACCUUGAUUGUGCUGGAACUUAGCGAAAACUUCCUCGGAGCAGAGAAAGCCACCGAAUUAGUUAUGACCCUGCAGAGAUUUAGUGCUGUUGAGCUUCUGUUUCUCUCACAAGUCAAGCACAUCGACAUUGAGCUGAUCAGAGCAACUUCGUGGAUUUCGAGCAUCAUGUCAAAGGAUAGAACAUGGAAGACAACGCUUACGGCGGAUCUGAUUCCCCAUGAGCUCAAGGUCUUGAACGUUGCCAAGACUUGGGAAGCAGAUAGGAUGAAUGCUUAUGUCACUUAUCGGCACAUUGUUAACUACAUGUUGCCUGAUUCCAGACGACCGGGUCGCCACUCAGCUGAGAUUAUUCUUGCCUUUCCAGACAGGCUCAACGAAGACAAUCCAAUUGCAACAAAGAAAGUAUACGCAUUUCUACCAGUUCGCGACUAUGGCUUCAAGUUCUUAGUUCACUCGGAUUUCAUUGUGUCUACAAAUCGAGAAGACAUACAGCCCUGCGAAUGGAAUAAACGUCUAGCUAUGGAGAUAUGCAAUGCCCUGAGUGAAGCAAUCCCCAAAUUCAAGACCCAGUACCCAGAGUUGUGGUUUAAGUGGCCAUUGCUACUUCCCGACAGAAAUGAUGGAAAUGGAAUUUUCCAGCGAACUGGGGAGCUAUCACUGGAAGUUUUAUCUCGACAGCCCGUCUUUCAAGAUGUUGACGGGCAUGUACGUACCCCAGGAGAGGUUUUCUCCAUCCCCCAGCACUUUAGGGAUGAGACAGGAUAUCCCCUCAUUCCAAGUGAGGUCUCUGGUCACAGGAUAAUUUCCGGGAUGUAUCCAAUCCAGACUUCCAGCUAUCUACAGAGGCUUGGUGUCAGAGUCUUGACCAAUCGGCAGUUCUUGAAUGAUCUCAAGACAUAUAUCAAGAGAUUCCCUUACGUCUUCCAGGAAAAGACAAAUAGCUGGCACGUUCGACUCUGCAUCGCGCUGCUGAAGCUCGUUAAGGAAUACAAGAAGGAGAUCCAGUCAUUGCCAAUUAUUCCGCUUCACGGUCUCGACCAAUGGGUCUCAGCCAGCUCUGGCAGCUUAUACUUCGCGAUUGAUGGACUCUCCUCUCCUCUCCUCGGAAGCCUUGGGGACUGUUGGGCCGUUGAUCCAUCAUAUUACGGCACAGCAAGAGGGCACCUUUUUAUACAACUAGGAGUGAAACAGGGGUCGACAACUCAGUUAUGCAAAUCUAUUAUUGAUGAGAACUCGAAGUCCAUACACAGGACCUCUACAACACUGGACGAUUUGAUGAAACAAAUUCUAUUCCUGUAUGAGGCUAAUUGGAAGCCAUCAACUACAAUAUCGCAUGGCUUUUGGUUUAUAACCUGUGAUAUGGGCAGAGCCCAGGCUUCUGAGCUGUACAUUGAGUCUGAUACCCCCUUGAUGGCUAGCGACAUCCAUAUCAAAACUGCGCUAAAGCUACAAUUCAUUCAUCCUCGUUAUAUAGAGAGCCUGCGAGACUUUUCUGGUGGAAUCGAGUGGCUAAUGAAGUGUUUUGGUUUGCAGUCGCAACUGCGAAUCAUUGAUCAUCAGAGGGCACCACAUGAAGAUUUCCAAAGACUUUUGAAAGAGGCGCCACGGAUUACUUUGGAAGUACUGAAACUACACUGGGAUUUCUACUGUCCCCUCUUUCAGAACAACAAUCGUCCCGAAAUGUCGCCAGAGGAGACAUUGACUUACAACUCCAUUGUACCAGCGGAUAGACUCCUUGACGUCCCAUCCGCUGAUGACGGGGAUUGGGAUUUCUUGACUGUCUUCGGAGUCACAACACAGCCUAACGCGAGUUUAUUCAUCAAUCUUCUACGUGAGGUGCGCGGCCAGCAGGUCCCUCACACGUAUGUCAGGGAAAUCUACCUCCAGCUUGAGAAGUACAGGGCUACUUCUGACAAGUACCUAGUUGAUUGGUUAUUCCACGAGCAACGAUGCAUCUAUAUUCCCCAUCACUAUAAUGGUCAAACCGGGGAUUGGUAUGACACGGAAGCGUGCGUCUGGCAAGGGCCCGCCUGCUUGAGACAAACUCCACAGCUUGUCUUAUUCUACGCGGAGUUGCAUGGCUUGUUCGAGGAUCUGACGCCGACUACCACUUUCGAUACUAUGAAGAAGGAGGUCGAUCAUCUGGACACCAAAGACAUCGCUCAUAUUUUUGCAGUAUUGCAGUCUAUCUCUGACUUUCUUGUCCAGUCCCGGGACGAACCAAACACGAAAAUACCUGAUGUAAAAUCAUGGCGCAUGUUCCCUGUAAGGUUAGCAGAUACUGGAGAAGUUGUUCUGCGCUCAUGGGGGAAACCAUGGGAUGAGUCGUGGUUAAUACCAGACGAGACUCAUCUGUGGCAAGUUUUCAAGGACGUCGUGGAUCUGUGUCGUUUCUCUCUCAAAGAUCUGCAAUCUUUGUCGGGUCUGACACAUAAAAUGACGUUUAGUCUUCGCCGCAUCUCGUGGCAUGCCACCAAGAAAGUACUAGGGCCCGAAGACGACAUUUGUCGACCACUAGAACCAUACGCGCAGAAUUUGCGUGAUAAAGCACGGUAUAUUUCACAGUUGAUACCGCAACAGACAAAGACGGGAAGAGUGGCUAAGCUACGGAAGCUGCUUCGAAACAUCAAAGUAUUCCAGUCUGGCCGUAUUGAAACGGUAUGGACUCUUCGUUUCCAGGAUAAGAAGCAUGAGAGUGUUUCUUCGGAAAACCAAGCUAUGGUACAAAUUCAAGACAACGUACUCAAAGCGUAUGUUGUUUGUGAAGACAAGUUCCUGGUUCAUGACUACACCCCCCCUGACCUUGUUCGGGCAUUGGCAGAGUUCCUUCACAUCCAGGAUCCAGACGAUUUAAGCCUUCUCGCAACCAUACUUGAGCGAACAAAUCACUCUUUCAUCGAGAGGGAUCUCGAUCAUCGAGCUCAACGACGCAUGUUGUCCUACUCAUCAAUAGGGUUAGUUCAAUCGGACGACUUGAGUAGUGUUGCUUCAGAUGAACUUGUGAUGCCUGGAUCGACAGACAACGCGGGUCCCUCAUCCAGCCACAACGUUAGAGAAUUUCCUUUCGAACCUCAUCAAACUGCGAGUCCGUCAACUAUUAGGGCCAAAAAGAGUGAAGAGGGGCGAGCUAAACAAUUGGACGGAGAGCCGGCUUUGAAGCCACAAGCUGGCACAGAGCCUGGCAGCGACAAGGCGGCCGGUGAAUCAGGUCUUGUUUCUGGGGGCAUCAAGAGCAAAAAGGUUGAUUUCUCGAAAGCAAAUGGGAAUGGGAGCUCUCCAUCCCUAGGCUCUAUAUUGGUCAAAGAAGAAGGGAAAGAUGAAGCCGAUGAGCCCCAUCAGUCUCCUUACGAUAAACACCCAGGCAUGCUACCUGACCGACAUGUAAAGGAAGAUCAAGCCAACACUGAAAGGGGGAAGUCCGCGUCCCCGAGGCCUCGUGCUGACGAGAAUUCGAUAAGUGCUAGGGCAGAAACACCCAGUGGUGAUGCGGUUGAACGAGGGCGGGAUCGGCAGAGGCCAGAAGCCGUUGCAGAGUUUUCAACACACCAGCAACCACCUCCUAAGAAGCUGACGGAUCAUUCGAGUGGCGACACCAAAACGCUCCAUCUGACAGACAAAAAUGAUAAUCUCCCACUACCAGGCAAAAGCAUACGUUCCCGCUCUGUGGGCGAUACUGCAGGUGCCCAUUCGAGCCCGUGGACUGUUAGUUUGCCUACGGAUUACUCGAAGAUUCAGGAGGCUCGGAGGGAGGAAGAGGACAGGAGAGCUGCGGAAUCCAAACUGACAUCAGACGAACUGGACGAUUAUUUGAGCAUGAGCAAAGGGCGAUUUCAGCCCAGCACUUCGUCGACUACGUUCGAAGGCUAUGACACCCAGGAAACCAUAUAUCGCGGAGAGCUAUGUAUAUCCAAGUCAUGCACCUUUCACAUUCAGGUCUGUGCUACGAACCUCGGCCUCCAUUCACACUUCCAGCUGUCUUCAGCACAAUACGAAAAGGCGAGAAAGAUGAAGCUACAUCCUGGUCGGAAAACAAGGAACGUCUAUAUCCUGGCACGGGUCUAUGACUUGGGAACAGAUCCCAAUUACGCUCUCUACAUCGAUCCUUGGCAUCUCUACGAGGAUAACCGUCUACUUCUCCAUCCACCAAGCCAUUUCACAGCAAAGGUCACCCUCGAGGCUAAUGCUGUUCUCGCAGGAAGUUAUCGCGCGGCGAGUGGAGUGGCAGAAGGAAAGAGCAAUAGUAUCUAUCGUGGACUGGAGUUAAAAGACCAGCAGAUCCGUCUCCUAAGACUCAAUCUUGACGAAGACCAACCACUCAAGGUAACUCUGGUACGAAAAGACCUGCAGCAAGCACCCGUUUUCUGGGCAAUCUCCUAUGUUUGGGGUCUCCCACCAACAACACUGGGUCCGUUCCUCGACGUCAACGGGGUCCAAGUUCCUAUCACCGAUUCUCUGUCGUCCUGUCUGACCUGCCUUCGGAAACAACAGGCCGACGCAUUAAUUUGGGUAGAUGCGAUCUGUAUCAACCAGAAUGACGACACAGAGAAGGCGGUCCAAGUCAGUCAAAUGGGCAAGGUGUACCAAACGGCUGAGCAGGUCAUUAUCUGGAUGGGUCCUGAGCAACCAGAUGAAAAGGGGGUUCUGACAACGAUUUCAAAGCUACAACAAUCCACAAGCAAAACAAAAUCUGAAUAUCAACUACGGCUCGACGAUGUACGACUAAUUAGGUCCUUGUUGCAGCGGCAAUGGUUUAUUCGCACUUGGAUUAUUCAAGAACUAGUAUUUGCUUCUAAGCCAUUCCUGAUGCAUGGCAGCUCACGAAUCGAGUGGAACAUUUUCAUCGAGGGGGUUCUUGAAUGCGAAGCACGGGUUCAAAAUACCCCAGGUCUGGCAUAUCAAGAAGGAUUGUUUCACAGACCAGCUAUGGCCUUGCAUACCAUCCGACAAAACUACCAAGGAUCUCGGUCAGGAGCAUCUCCAAAGCGGCACAAGUACAGCUUCCUAGAGCUUGUAGAAAUGUUCUUCUAUACACGAUCUUCCGAGGCACGCGACAAAAUCUUUGCUCUCCUGAACCUGGCUCAUGACAUGGAGGACGAAGCUUUCCGUCCUGACUACGGAUCAGAAGAAAGUGUCAUCUUGUCCCGCUGCGCCCUACACUUGGUCAAGUCCCAGCAUACUCUUGAUCUGAUUUACCACGCUGGGUUUGGUAAAGGCGCGUCCUUUUGUCGCUGGAUUCCCGACCUCAUGAACUCGGCAAAAAGAGAGGUUUACGCACCAACGAUUUCUACUUGGGAGUCAGCCGGUACAAGAGGGCAUCCUGGCUUUAAUGCUGGGGCACCGCUUUCUAUCCUUGCCACUGCGGAGGAUUUAGGAGGACGCGGAGAAACUCCGGUGCCUGUUCUCAACAUCAGCGGGAGGUUCUUUGAUACAAUCCAGAAUUGUCGAGCGUCAGGUGUGAACAGCACUAUCACGGGCAUACCAUUUUGUCAAGUGAUCCACGACUUUCGCAGAUUUAUAUCUCAUCUUGACAACUACCAUGACCUAGGGAAGAGUUGGGAAAUCGGGCUGAUCAUCAAGUGCUUAACCGGAGAUGCUGCACGCCCUCAGACAUCUUCAAGCUCACUAUCGGCCUUCACCACUCAUGAGAGAUCAUCUCCCGGAAUUUGGCCGCCUGAUUUGGCAAAAUAUGUCGGCGAGAUAGACCCCGGGAGGGAUGGGUAUGAGUAUGCUCGGCAACGACGAGAGUACGAAAAGGUUCAUGACUUGUUCUGGGAAACAGUUUCUGCAUUCCUGGGGAGAUUUCCGGGGACAAACAUAUGCGUGACCGAGAAAGGCUAUGCGGGGAUUGUCCCCUCUUCAGCUAAAAGGGGCGAUAAGAUCUUUGUUCCUCAUUCAUCAAAGGUGCCUUUUGUUGUAAGAAAGUCGGCAAUGCGGAACAUCAAGCCAGAUCACUAUCAACUGGUUGGAGAAGCUUAUAUCCAAGGGAUCAUGUACUACGAUCAAUCUCCUCUGAGGGAAAUGAGUGGACAGAAGGAUGAACAGAUUUGCCUAAUAUAG